CCGCGGGGUGCAGCGUUCGUGCCGCUCGUCCGCGCAACUCUCUCCGCACACCGCAACUUACGUUCGCCAGACGGGCACGCGUGGAUCACCAGUGACGAUUGGAUUUCCAACUUGUGAAUAAAUAAUAGUUCCACAUUAUGAUAAGUGACAUGUGCAAUUAGUUAAGUGCAAACAAAUAUUCAGUGCAUUGUUGUUGAAGCCGGUUCACCUCGUGAGCGAGGCCGGUUCCGAGUGCCGGUCGCAGUGCCUGUGCCCCUCCGACUUGUGCUUUCUAAACGAAUCCCAAGCGAGCGUUAACUGUUCGCUUGCUACGUGAUCCUUAACACUUAUUUGGAUUUUAAAACGAACAGACGGCGGGCGGCGGCGGCCGGCGCGAUGAGGUAGCGCCGCGGCGCGCGCGCAGCCCACACUCACCGCUCCCGCGACGCGCGCCUACACACACUAUAUGAGAACUCCAAAAACGCGAUGCUUGGUGCGCGAGCGUGGCUGGUGCUGGCGGCGGUGGCGUGGUGCGCGCGCGCCGGGCCCGGGCCGCCCGCGCCCGCCGCGCCGCCGCGCUUCCCGCGCGCGCUCUACAACCUGAGCGUGCCCGAGAACAGCCCGCCGCGCACGCACGCGCUGCCGCCGCCCGGCGCCGAGCCGCUGGGCCUGGCGCUGCCGCAGCCCGACGCGCGCUGCCGCUUCCGCAUCCGCCACGGCGACAAGGACAAGUUCUUCAAGGCCGAGGAGCGCGUCGUCGGCGACUUCUGCUUCCUCACCGUGCGCACGCGCGCCGGCCACGCCGACGUGCUCAACCGGGAGCGCCGCGACAGCUACCGGCUGGAGGUGCGCGCGACGAUCCAAGCCUCCGACCGCCAGUACGAAGCGGACACGGUCGUCGCCGUCGACGUCGCCGACGAAAACGAUCUGAGUCCCCUCUUUUACCCGACCGAAUAUGAGGUCGUCGUCCCCGAGGACGCUCCGGUGCACUCCAGCAUCGCGCGCGUCACCGCCGAGGACGCGGACCUCGGCCUCAACGGUGAGAUCUACUACAGCCUGGCCGAGUCCACCGACAGGUUUGCCGUUCACACCACCUCCGGCGUUAUCACCAUCACGCGGGCUUUGGUGGCCUCAGAAAGUUUAAGGCAUGAAGUCAUCGUACUGGCUCGAGAUCGCGCUUCACUUCUACUAAAAGGGGAAGAUGCGCCUGCAGCGAAAGCUACGGUCGUAGUGCGCGUUGAAAGGGUGAAUUUACACGCACCAGAAUUGAGAGUUCGUAAACUGCCAGAACUCGUGGAGAACUCGACAGCUGAAAUAUACGCAAUAAUAGAAGUUAGCGAUAGGGACACGGGUGAACAUGGCCGAAUAGCUAAUUUAGAGAUUGUCGACGGUGAUCCGGACGGCCACUUCAGAGUUCGACCUUCAGUGCAACCGGGGGAAUACGAUGUCGUCGUACACGCACUCCUGGAUCGUGAGAGCGCCCCGCACGGCUACAAUCUGACACUUCGUGCGACAGACGCAGGCCAUCCUCCUCGUUCCUCUUAUUUAACGUUACCAGUGACACUUGUAGACGCCAACGAUAAUGCACCAGUAUUUAGUCGAGAAGUAUACGAAGCGAGCAUACCUGAGACCGCGCCCCCGAAUACGCCAGUUAUUAGGCUCAAAGUAAGCGACCGAGAUGAAGGUCGCAAUGCUCGCGUUUACAUAGAAAUAGUUGGAGGUAAUGAAGGUGGCGAGUUUGUAGUAAAUCCAGAUACAGGUGUUUUGUAUACGGCAAUAGCGUUAGACGCUGAAGAAAAAUCGCUUUAUACUCUUACGGUUUCAGCAAUAGACCAAGGGAAUGCCGGAACACGAAAACAGUCAUCCGCAAAAGUAAAAAUAGCAGUCCUCGAUUCCAAUGAUAACAACCCUGUAUUCGAACAAGACAACAUGGAGGUCACAGUACUUGAAAACGGUGCCAGUGGAACCGUAGUAGCGAGAGUCGUCGCGAGAGAUGCCGACUCUGGCGAAAAUGCUUACAUAUCUUAUAGCAUUGCAAAUUUACAACCCGUGCCUUUUGAUGUCGAUCACUUUUCAGGUGCAGUACGUACAACCCGAGUACUUGAUUAUGAGAGCAUGCGCCGAGAAUAUACUUUACAUAUACGUGCAAGCGAUUGGGGACUACCGUAUCGACGUCAAGCUGAGAUGCAUCUUACAGUUCGGGUUAAAGACGUUAAUGACAACCGCCCGCAGUUUGAACGGAUCGACUGUGUCGGAUAUGUGCCGCGGAGGCUUACCAUCGGCUAUGAAAUUGUUACACUUUCAGCUAUAGACUUUGAUGCGGGCGAUGUGGUCUCGUAUCGCAUUGUGAGCGGAAAUGAAGAUAACUGUUUUUCUCUUGAUUCAAGUACGGGAGUUUUGAGUUUAUCCUGUGAUCUAAAUGAUGUUCGAUCUGAAACAAAAGUGUUAAAUGUGACAGCUACUGAUGGCACUCAUUUUGCGGAUGCAACUUCACUUACUUUACACCUCGUAGGAGGCGGAACUGGUGGAGAUGCCAGUCCUUUGGAAUGCCGAGACACCGGUGUUGCCCGACGCUUAACAGAACUUUUAGCAGCAGCUGAACGAAGCAAUGCACCUAUUGAUUUUGCUGACGAAUUUCCACUUGCACCCUCACGUUACGGGGAAAACUUACAUUCACCUGACUUUAUAGACUUCCCUGUGGAAGUGAAAGUAAACGAAUCUGUCGCGCUUGGAACGUCUCUGGUUCGUUUACGAGCACGGGACCGCGACCUUGGUUACAAUGGGCUCCUAGUUUACGGAAUAUCUGGAGGAGACGCUGAUUCAGCUUUUAGAAUAGACCCAGAUACUGGUGACCUGCAGGUAAUUGGUUACUUGGACCGGGAGCGAGAAACCGAAUAUUAUCUCAAUGUUACUGUUUAUGAUCUGGGCUCACCGCAACGAUCGGCAUCACGAUUACUGCCAGUCACCGUAUUAGAUGUGAAUGACAAUCCACCUCGAUUUGAAAAGACACUUGCUAGCUUUCGAGUAACAGAGAACGCUCUCAACGGUACCGCAAUAUUUCGUGCAAACGCAACAGACCGCGAUUCAGGAGACUUUGCUCGUAUCACUUACAGUUUAAGUGGUACUGGAGAAGACGAAGGAGAGUUUUGUGUGGAACGUGAUACAGGUGUGGUACUGGUAUGUGCACCGCUGGACCGCGAACGUCGAGCUCUUUACGAGCUGACUGUUCGCGCGACCGAUGGAGGCGGGUUGCACGCCGAGGCGCUGGUCCGGGUCGCAGUAGAUGAUGUUAACGACAAUCCUCCGCACUUCGGCCUGUCCGCCUACGGAGCACGGGUCCGAGAAGAUGUGCCUACGGGUACCCUCGUCGCAGUACUCGAAGCUUUCGAUCCAGAUCUCGGGGCCGGCGGUAUCGUCACCUACUCCUUGCCGGAUCAAGCAGCGGACGAUGUCAUAUUUACUAUUGAUCGUACUUCAGGAACAUUACGAACCGCAAAACGUUUGGAUUACGAGGAAAGACAGGUAUACGGAGUGACAGUGCGUGCAACGGACGGAGGGCGUCCAGCGCUAUGGGCCGAAGCCACAGUGAUAGUGGAAGUGUUAGACGUGGACGAAAACGCUCACGCUCCUCAGUUCGCCGACCGCACGGUGCUCCUGGCGAGCGUGCGGGAGGACGCCGCGCGCGGCUCGCGCGUGCUGGCCGCCGCCGCCACCGACGCCGACCCGCCGGGCCGGGACUCGCGGCUGGCGUAUUACAUCGUCGCCGGCUCCGGCAUGGCUCAUUUCUCUAUCGACGACGAAGGUGUUAUCCGCACGUUGACUCCUCUGGACCGCGAGACGGUGCCGCACUACUGGCUGACGGUGUGCGCGCAGGACCACGGCCUCGUGCCCCGGCACUCUUGCGUGCAGCUGUACGUGGAAGUGUCGGACGUGAACGACAUGGCGCCGUGGCCGACGCGCGCCGCCUACGCCGCCGAGAUCCCGGAGCACUCGCCGGCCGGCACGCGCGUGGCGCGCGUCACCGCCACCGACGCCGACGCUGCGCCUGCGCCCGCGCGCAUCACCUACUCCAUCGUCGCCGGCAACCCGGACGGACUGUUUUCGAUCGACGAACAAACUGGCGAAAUCGUAACGACGGGGCGCACGCUGGACCGCGAGGCGGCGGCGUCGCACGCGCUGGAGGUGCAGUGCUCGGACGGCGCGCUGGCCACCACGGCGCGCGUGGCCGUGCGCCUGGCCGACGUCAACGACCACGCGCCCGUGUUCGCGCAGCACUUCUACGACGUGCGCGUGCCGCUGCUGCCCGACGCCGCGCCCGACGACACGCUGCCGCAGGGCGACGCGGCGGGCGAGCAGAGCAGCACGGAGUGGGAGGGCGAGGGCGAGGCCGACGACGACGACGAGGGCUCGGGCGCGCGCGCCGCCUGGGACGCGUGCGACGAGCCCGCGCCCGGCGCCACCUACGUCGCUACGGUGGUGGCGAUGGACGCCGACGCGGGCGCCAACGGCACGGUGCGGUACUCGGCGCGCGCCCGCGGCGCCGCGCGCGGCCUGCUGCGCGUGCACGCGACCUCGGGCCGCCUGCUCGCCGCUCCUCGCCUCCCGCUCGCGCCGGAAACCUCGUAUGACAUCACCGUGCGGGCUUGCGACGGCGCGCCGCGGCCGCGCUGCGGCGUGACGCGCGUGAGCGUGCGCGGCGUGGCGGUGGCCGAGCUCGACCCGCCCGGCUUCCUCCUCACCGUCCUGCAGGCCACGGACCCCGAUCAAGACCGAUUGUAUUACGACAUCGUGGGGGGGGACGAGCGCCAAGAGUUCUACAUCGGGCGCGAGGACGGCAGCCUGGUGCUGGCGCGGCGCCUGCUGUGGGAGCGCCAGCCGCACUACGCGCUCAACGUGUCCGUCACCGACGGCCAGCACACCGUCUACGCCACCGUGAACGUGACCGUGAUCAACGACGCGAACGAGGGCGGCGUGACGUUCUCGCUGGAGGAGUACGUGGUGGAGACGUCGGAGGCGCGGCGGCCGGGCGAGGCGCUGGUGGCGCUGCACGCGGCCGGCGCCGGCCGCCUGCUGUACGGGCUGCACGCGGCGAAGGCCACGCAUUCGCUGCCGCUGUUCAGGCUCCACGAACUCACGGGCGUGCUCGAGCUGGCUCAACCUCUCGAUCGCGAGAGCGCCGAAGUACACGAGCUGACGGUCUGGGCGCGCGACCAAGCGCCGCGCGCGUCUCGGGCGUUCGCGCGCGUCACCGUGCGCGUGCACGACGCCGACGAGCACGCCCCCGAGUGGGGCCGACGGCUGGCGGAGGCGAGGCUGCCUCGGAACGCGCCGGCCGGCGCCCUGGUCGCCGCCCUGCGCGCCGCCGACCGCGACGCGGGGGACGCCGCGCGCAUCGCCUACUCGCUGGCCGGCGGCGACGCCGACGGCGCCUUCGAAGUGGACCCGGCGUUGGGCGACGUNGGCGACGUGCGCCUGGCGCGCGAGCUGCCCGCGCGCGGCCCGCGCGAGUACACGCUGCACGUGCGCGCGGCCAACCCGCCGCCGGCCGCGCGGUCUUCGACGCUGCCGCUGCACGUGAUCGUCGUGGAACCCGACGACGCGCCGCCCCGGUUCGUGACGAGCGACAUCGUGUGCGAGGUGUACGAGAACGAGCCGGCGGGCGCCGCGCUGGCGGCGGCGGAGGCGCGCAGCUCGAGCGCCGUGUGGUACGCGCUGGAGGGCGGCGCGGGGCUGUUCCGCGUCAACCCCGCCGCCGGCCUGCUGGCCACCGCCGCGCCGCUCGACUACGAGGCCGCCAGCUUCUACAACCUCACCGUGCUCGCCGUCAACAUGGGAGGAGGCACAGCCCGAGCGCACGUGGCCGUGCACGUGCUGGACCGCAACGAGUUCGCGCCGACGCUCCGCAAGCGGGAGUACCGCGGCCGCGUGUCGGAGGCGGCGGCGGCGGGCGCGCUGGUGGCGGACGGCGACCCGGCGGCCGGGCUGGGCGCGCCGCUGGUGCUGGCCGCCGACGACGCCGACUCGCCCGCCAACCGGCAGCGCGCCUACGAGGUGCUGGAGCCCGCGGCGGCGGCGCUGUUCCGCGUGGACCCGACCACGGGCGCGCUGCACAUCGCCGCUCCGCUCGACUACGAACGCGCUCCGCGUCACGAGUUCACUGUCAGGGUUUUAGACGCUGGCUCGCCGCGCUUGCCGUCGGACAGCGUCGCUCGCGUCACCGUAGACGUGAUCGAUGUGAACGACUGCCCGCCCGCGUUCGAGCACGCGUCCUACGAGGCGACUGUGCUUUUACCGACAUCGAAAGGAGUGGUCGUCACGAAAGUUUCCGCGACCGAUCCGGAUCCGCCGCAAGACGGCAGCAUCAAAUUUGACGUCAUCGAAGGCGACGAAGGCGGAGCGUUCGCUUUAUCGAGCGACGGGACUCUGUCCAUAGCGAAACCGGACGACCUCGCCGAUUCAUAUCGACUGAGAGUUCGGGCGUCCGACGGCCUGUACUCGAGUACGGCACGAGUGGAAAUAAAGGUGCGAGAAAUAGAAAACUCGGGCCUCGCCUUCCAGAAAUCGGACUACUACGGUUCGAUCGUGGAGAAUUCAACAAAACCGACUCUGAUCGCCGUACUGAACGUUCUCGGCGCCGCUCUCAACGAGCACAUUGAAUUUUUCAUACUCAAUCCUGUGGAAGGAUUCGAAGUGGGGCGCACGUCGGGCGCGGUGCGCAGCACGGGGCUGGCGCUGGACCGCGAGCGGCGCGCCGCGCACGAGCUGCUGCUGGAGGCGCGCGGGCGGCAGCGCGUGGCGCGCGCGCGCCUGCACGUGGCCGUGUCCGACGUCAACGACAACUGCCCCGUGUUCGUGGAGCGGCCCUACGUGGCGGCCGUGCGCGCCGGCGCCGAGCCCGGCACGCCCGUGCUGCGCGUGCGCGCCCUCGACCUCGACGCCAACGACAACGGCGAGGUCCGAUACGAGAUGAAACGCGGUCACGGGGAGCUGUUCCGCGUGGACCGAGGAACGGGGCAGAUCACGCUCAAGCAGACGGUGGACGCGCACAACCAGCUGUACACGCUGGUGAUCGCGGCCUUCGACGGCGGCGCGCCGGCGUGCGGCGCCGACGCGGCGGUGGCGGUGCGCGUGUGGGGCGGCGGCGCGGCGCCGGCGUGGGAGCGCGCGCACUACGAGCUGGCGGCGCGCGAGGACGUGCCGCCGGGCGAGCCGCUGGCGCCGCCGCUGCGCGCGCUGUCGCCGCUCAACCGCCAGCUCAUCUACACGCUGGUCGACGACCCCGCCGCCCCNGUCGACGACCCCGCCGCCCCAGGCCCGCCCGCCUCGGACCUCUUCGAAGUCCUCUUCGACGCAGCACCCGACAGAGGCAAUAGUCCAUGCGUGCUGGUGGCGCGCGCGGCGCUGGACUACGAGCGCGCGCGCUCGCACGCGCUGGUGCUGCGCGCCACGGACGGCGUGACGGGCGCCUUCGCCGACGUGGCCGUGACGCUGCGCGUGCUCGACGUCAACGACUGCGCGCCCGAGCUGGCGCGCGACGUGUACCGCGCCGCCGUGUCCGAGGCCGCGCCCGUCGGACACCUGGUCGUGGCCGUGCGCGCCACCGACAACGACACGGGAGUGAACGGCGAAAUCCGAUAUUCCUUGAGCGGGUACGACGACGGCUCGGCCGUGCCGGAGUUCAGCGUGGACCCGGCGAUGGGCGACGUGCGCGUGGCGGCGCCGCUGGACUGCGAGGCGCGCGCCGCCUACCACCUGCUCGUCACGGCCGCCGACGCCGCCCGCCCGCCGCUGCUCACCACCGCUCAUCUCUUCAUCACUGUGGACGACGUGAACGACAGUCCACCUCGGAUGGAGCGCGGAGUGGUCUCGGUGGUCGUUUCGGCGGAAGCGGCGCGAGGAACGGCGGUCGGGCGCGUCGCCGCCUGGGACCCCGAUUCUAGUGACGCACCACGACUGAGAUACGCGUUGGCCGGGGCAGGCAUGCCGCACCACGCGUUCGCCGUGCACCCGCGCACCGGCGUGCUGACGCUGGCCAACACGCGCGCCUGGGCCGCGGCCGGCGCCGGCGGGGCCAGCCCGCGCUCGCUCAACGUGUCGGCGUCGGACGGCGCGCACGCCGCCUUCGCGCGCGUCAAGCUCGCGCUCGCGCCCGCCAACCGGGAGCCUCCGCACUUCCCGCAUCUCGUCCACGAAGCUCGCGCGCUCGAAAACCAGCCGCCUCCGCUGCUGCUCACCACUGUGAAAGCGUACGACGACGAUCCCGGCGAGUACGGCACGGUCACCUACUCGAUACCGUCCGCUCGGCUCCGCGAGACGUUCGCCGUGGACGCCGCGAGCGGCGCGCUGACGGCCCGCGUCCCGCUGGACCGCGAGCGGCGCGCCGAGUGGGAGGUGCCGGUGACCGCCAGCGACGGCGGCGGGCUGCUGCGCCACACGACGGUGCGCGUGCGCGUGGCCGACCUCAACGACAACGCGCCCGUGUUCCCGCACCGCGAGUACCGCGCGGCCGUCGCGCACGACAAGCCGCCGGGCGCGCCCUUCCUCACUCUCGCGGCGUCGGACGCGGACGCGGGCGAUAACGCGCGUCUGUCGUACUCGGUGUACGAGGGCGACGUGCGCACCGACGCCAGCGGCCUCUUCGCCGUCGAUCCUCACACCGGGGCACUGUCCUUCGCGAGAGACGCUUCUGGCUUUGCGUCACGGUCGGUGCAAGUGUGGGUGAGGGCUCGCGACGGCGGAGGCCUGGCCGGCGAGGCCCCAGUGUCAGUCUACGUGUUGGGUCCGGGCGAAACGGCUCCGCGAAUACACGCGCCGCCUCCCGAUCUCUUCCUGCCCGAAGAUGCCGCCCCGGGAACCCUCAUCGCGGAGCUACGAGUGCCCGAGUCGCCCGACGCUCCGGAGAGCACAGACUCCAACGAGGCGGCGGAUUCACCCUCCCCGAGGUUCAGGCUGGCUCCGGGGCUGUGGCCGCGGGACCUGUUCGCCGUGGACUCGUCCGGGCGACUCGUUCUCGCCGGACAACUCGAUCGGGAGACUGCCGCGGAGCACAUCAUCGGCAUCAUCCUGGAGGGCUCGGGCAGCCCGGCGCCGGCGAGCAUGGCGCAGACGCGGCUGCACGUGCUGGACGUCAACGAGCACGCGCCCGCCUUCCACGCGCAGCCCUACGUCGUGCACGUGGCCGAGAACACGCCGCCGCACUCCAGCCUCGUGCAGCUGAUGGCAGACGAUCCAGACUCGGGCUCCAACGGCGAAGUACGAUUUUCACUGGCCGGUGAGGGCGAGGAAGGGACCGCAUCCACCAGCCUGUUCGCCGUGGAUCCGUACAGCGGCUGGGUGACGACGACGGGCGCGCUGGACCGCGAGGCGCGCGCCGAGCACCGCCUGGCGCUGCUGGCCGCCGACAGCGCCGCGCCGCCCGGCCGCCGCACCGCGCGCGGCACGCUCGUCGUGCGCCUCGUCGACUACAACGACUGCCCGCCCGCCUUCCUGCACGACGACUACGACGCCGAGGUGCCGGAGGACGCGGCGCCGGGCACGGUGGUGGCGCGGCUGGGCGUGCGCGACGCGGACGCGGCGGGCGGCGCGCUGGCCUUCUUCGUGGCGGACGGCGACCCGCGCGCGCGCUUCCAGCUGCGCGCCUCGGGCGAGCUGUUCGUGGCGCGCGCGCUGGACCGCGAGGCCGCCGCGCUCUACCGCCUCAGCGUCGCCGCCACCGACGGCAAGUUCACGGCCUACACGCGCGUGCGCGUCGUCGUGCUCGACGUCAACGACAACCCGCCGUACUGCCUCCGACACCGGUACUACGCCGAGCUGCCGGAGGACGCCGCCAACGGCACCCGCGUCAUGCAGCUGGCGACGGGCGACGCCGACGAGCCCGCCGACCCGCAGCUGCGGCACUUCCUCACCGGGGACUUCGCGCACCACUUCGCCAUCGACAAGGAGAGCGGCGUGGUGACGGUGGCGGCGGCGCUGGACCGCGAGACGCGCGCCGCGUACCGGCUGCGGGUGCACGCGCAGGACCGCGCGCGGCCCGCCUGGGGCUGCUCGUCCGAGCUGCUGCUGCGCCUGCGCGACGCCAACGACAACGCGCCGCGCUUCUCCGCCGCCACCUACACCGUCACGCUGCCCGAGGACGCCGACGUCGGCACGCUCGUGGCCAAGGUUCACGCUACGGACGCGGAUCUCGGAGAAAAUCGUCUGGUGCGCUACUCGUUCGUUGACGAGUCGACGGAGGCGUUCGAGCUCGCGGCCGACAGCGGCAUCAUCACGCUGCGCGCUCCUCUGGACCGCGAGACGCAGGCCGAGCACCGGCUCGUGGUGCGCGCGCGCGACCGCGGCGACCCGCCGCUCUCCGCCACCGCCACCGUCCGCCUCACGGUCGCGGACGUCAACGACAACCCGCCCGAGUUCGAGUUCCACCAGUACCGAGCUGUCGUCCCCGAGAUCGACGCUCCCGGCACCGAGGUGCUCCGCGUGCGCGCCACGUCCCGGGACGCCGGCGUCAACGCCGACGUCUACUACUCGCUCAUCGGCGGCGACGGCCGCGAUGACUUCGCCGUCGAUCACUCGAGCGGUGUUCUGUCCAUCGCCCGACCACUCGAUUAUGAACGAAGGAGAGAAUACGCUCUUACCGUGCAAGCGAUCGACGGUGGCUCACCGCCCCUCAGCGACCGCGCAUCGAUUAACGUAACCGUAUCGGACAGCAAUGACAACGCUCCGUCAUUUUCGCAAGAAUCUUACGGAGCUCGAGUUCGCGAGGACGCCGAGGUCGGUGCGCGAGUUUUGCAAGUGAUAGCGGAUGACGCGGACUCGGGAGCCAACGGCCGCGUGGCGUACUCCAUCGCCCGCGGUGACCGCGAUGGACAGUUCACCGUUGACGCUGACACCGGCUACAUUUCCGUGGCGUCUCCGCUCGAUCGAGAAACCAUUCCGGCUUACGUUCUCGAAGUGAGAGCACGCGACAGAGGUGUGCCGUCUCUAGAAACCACGACGUUGGUAAAUAUUGAAGUUGUCGACGCCAAUGACAACCCGCCUCUUUUCGCUCAGACAAACUACACGGCCGUCGUUCAAGAAGAUCGACCACUGGGACACACCAUCAUCAAAUUUGAAGUGCAGGAUGCUGAUGCACCUCCGAACGGCGCUCCAUACACAUUUGACUUUCAAUCUGGCAACGAGAUGGGAGCUUUCCGACUGGAGCAAGAUGGUUACUUGCGCUCGGCGACUCGAUUCAAUCACCGUAUCAAGGACCGCUAUGCACUGCAAAUUAGAGUAUUCGAUAACGGUACUCCACCACUGUUUUCUGAUGCCUGGGUGUACAUAAGGGUGAUCGAAGAGUCACAGUAUCCACCCGUUAUAACUCCGCUCGAAAUCAUCGUAAACUCCUACCUCGACGAAUUCCCUGGAGGGACCAUAGGACGAGUCUUCGCAUCGGACCGCGACGCUUAUGAUACCUUAACGUACGCGAUCGCCCCCGUGGACGGGGCCCCUUAUCCUCCCACGGAUCUUUUCGAAAUCGAUCCCAAGAACGGAACGUUGCGUGCGGCGCCGCGACUCGACGUCGGUGAUUAUCGGCUCAACAUCACAGUCGACGACGGCAAGUUCAUCAGUUUCGCGAUAGUGCGCGUCGCCGUCGUGCUGAUCUCCGACGAGAUGCUCGCGCAGGCGGUCGUCGUGCGCUUCCGCGAGGUCACCGACCGGGACUUCGUCCUCAGCCACCGCAAGGGCUUCCUGCGGGCCGUCGCCGAAGCGACCGACUGCGACCCCGCCGACGUGGUCGUGGUCAGCGUCCAGCCGUCGGGCGAGACGAGCGAGGACGAGCCCCGGCGAGAGAGGCGGCAGGUGGCCCAGGACCUGGACGUCGCCUUCGCGGUGCGCACGGCCGCCGACGGAGGCGGCUUCCUGCCCGCCGACGCGCUGCGGCGCCGCCUGCACGCGCACCUGGAGCGGCUCGAGGAGCGCACGCGGCUGGUGGUGGAGGAGCUCGUGCGCGUCGCGUGCGGCGGCUGCGCGCACGGCGCCUGCGUGGAGCGCGUGGCGCUGCGCCCCGGCGGCCUGCGCGCCGUGGCCACCGACGUGUUCGCGCUGGUGGCGCUGCCGCACCGGCUGCGCGGCGAGUGCGCGUGCGCGCCCGGCUUCGGCGGCGAGCGCUGCGACCGGCCGGCCGGCGAGCGCGAGCCGGGCGACGCGGGCGAGGGCGCGCCGGGCGUGGCGCACGUGGCCGGCGACGGCUACCUGGUGUACCGGCUGGAGCGCGGCGUGGUGGCCGGCGAGCGGCUGCUGGACGACGAGCUGACGCUGUCGCUGCGCUUCCGCACGCGGCGCGAGCGCGGCACGCUGCUGCAGGCGGCCGGGCGCGUGGACUACGCCGUGCUGGAGGUGGCGGAGGGGCACCUGCAGUUCCGCAUGGAGCUGGGCUCGGGCCCGGCGCUGGUGCGCGCGUCGGUGCCGGUGGCGGACGGCGCGUGGCACGAGGCGCGGCUGGAGCGGCGCGGCGCGGCCAUGCGGCUGACGGUGGACCGGCGCAGCGCGCACGCGCAGACGCCGCCGCCCGCCGCCGUGCUGGACGCGCGCGCCGACCGCCUGCUCAUCGGCGCCGCCCUCAUGAGACACGCCCACGCCUUGGCGCCCGAACAGGUGACGUACGGCUUCCACGGCUGCAUCGCGGAGGUGCGUCUGGGCGGCGCGCUGCUGCCGCUGGAGGAGGGCGGCACGGCGGCGGACGGGCGCGCGCAGCUGCUGCGGCGCGUGCGCGUGCGCGUGGCCGCCGCCUGCCCGCCGCUGGCGCCGCCCGGGCCCUGCGCCUCCUACCCCUGCCUCAACGGCGGCACGUGCCGCGAGGCGCCCAGCCUGCUCGAGGCCGAGCCCGCCGGCAACGACCUCGAGGGCUACGCCUGCACCUGCCACGCGCGCUUCCUCGGGCCCAGAUGCGAGGUGGACGCGGACCCGUGCGCGUCGCAGCCGUGCCUGCACGGCGGGUUCUGCGCGGCGGCGCCGGCGGGCGGGUUCCGCUGCGCGUGCGCGGGCGGGCUGGCGGGCGCGCGCUGCGAGCGCGGGCGCUGGUGCGCGCCGGGCGUGUGCGCGCACGGCGGCGCGUGCGAGGAGGGCGACUGGGGCCCGUCGUGUCGCUGCCGCGGCUACUACGGCCCGCGCUGCCAGUACGACGUGGACGAGUGCGCCGGCGAGCCCUGCCUCAACGGCGCCACCUGCCUCAACGAGCCCGGCUCCUUCCGCUGCCUCUGCCCGCCCGACAAGACCGGCAUGAACUGCGGGAACCCGCUGUACUCGGACGCGGUGGUGGCGGGCGGCGCGGGCGGCGGCGGCGGCGCGCUGCGGGCGGCGUGGCGCUGGGCCUGCGAGGCGCGCUGGCCGCUCGCCGCCGCCGCCGCCGUGACGUACGGCUUCCACGGCUGCAUCGCGGAGGUGCGUCUGGGCGGCGCGCUGCUGCCGCUGGAGGAGGGCGGCACGGCGGCGGACGGGCGCGCGCAGCUGCUGCGGCGCGUGCGCGUGCGCGUGGCCGCCGCCUGCCCGCCGCUGGCGCCGCCCGGGCCCUGCGCCUCCUACCCCUGCCUCAACGGCGGCACGUGCCGCGAGGCGCCCAGCCUGCUCGAGGCCGAGCCCGCCGGCAACGACCUCGAGGGCUACGCCUGCACCUGCCACGCGCGCUUCCUCGGGCCCAGAUGCGAGCGGACAUCUCUUCUGAAACUCAAUAAAGACACAGGCGUCGUUAUGUAUGUGCAGGUGGACGCGGACCCGUGCGCGUCGCAGCCGUGCCUGCACGGCGGGUUCUGCGCGGCGGCGCCGGCGGGCGGGUUCCGCUGCGCGUGCGCGGGCGGGCUGGCGGGCGCGCGCUGCGAGCGCGGGCGCUGGUGCGCGCCGGGCGUGUGCGCGCACGGCGGCGCGUGCGAGGAGGGCGACUGGGGCCCGUCGUGUCGCUGCCGCGGCUACUACGGCCCGCGCUGCCAGUACGACGUGGACGAGUGCGCCGGCGAGCCCUGCCUCAACGGCGCCACCUGCCUCAACGAGCCCGGCUCCUUCCGCUGCCUCUGCCCGCCCGACAAGACCGGCAUGAACUGCGGGAACCCGCUGUACUCGGACGCGGUGGUGGCGGGCGGCGCGGGCGGCGGCGGCGGCGCGCUGCGGGCGGCGUGGCGCUGGGCCUGCGAGGCCCGCGCCGCACGCGUCACCGCGCCGCCGCCGCGCUGCGACAAGCUGCCGCCCGCGCGCGCCUCCAAGCUGUCCAACCUCGAGGCCGUGGCCACGCGCCGCGAGCGCCCCGCCUCGUGCGCCGAGCCGCCGCUCAACAACGCCGACACGCUGCGCAGCUACGGCUCCGCCGGCGACGAGCUCGAGGGCAUCCCGCCCGACUACCGCCGCAACCUCAACAUCGAGCCCGCGCACGACCGCAAGCCCUGGUCGGAGCAGAUGCACCUGCACACCUUCGUCGACAACAAGAUUUACAACGAUCUCAAAGGCAGCAAAAGCCGGUCACGAACCCGGUCGCCGGGCGCGCUGCGGCGCGGGCCGGGCGCGGGCGAGCCGCACCUGGUGGGCGGCUACCACUGGGACUGCUCCGACUGGUGCGGCGGCGGCGGCGCGCUGCCCGGCAUCAGCGAGGUGCCCGGCUCCGAGCGCCCCGACUCCUCCUCGCCGCCCUCGCCGCCCUCGCCCCGCCGCCCGCGCGUGCGCCGCGCCGUCUCCGGCUCCGCCACCGACGACCUCGAGCUCGACCUCGACGCCGACCGCGACACCGACGCGUCGCGCUUCCCCGACGCGUCCUCGUACCUGCUCCACCCGGACGAGUAUCUGCCGCACCCGGACGACUGCCGCUCGCAGCCGCCCUCGGACUCGGAGCCGCUGCGCGCGCGCGUGCUGCGCGAGCCGGACGCCGCCAGCCUGAUCACCAUGCUCGAGGAGCGCGACUCGCUGCUCGGCGGCGCGGGCGCGGGCUCGUGCAGCGACCUGUCCACGAACCUGUGCGAGAUCGAGGAGUCGGAGGCGGAGGAGGAGGCGGCGCCGCGCGCGCGACACACCGACGUGUGACGCCGGCGCGCGGCCGCCGCGCCGCCCCCGCCCGCCCCGCCCGCCCCGCCCCGCGGCCUCUAGCGGACCCCGAGCGAGACCGAGCGACGGUCUCUCCAUGAUGAUUAUGGAAAAUAGUGUAGUUCCUCGUGUGAGGUGUAAAUAUGUACAUUGUAGUCGUUAAGAUUCGAGCGAGCGAGCGAUCGGCCGUGUGCGAUGGAGCGAGGCCGAUUCGAUUCAACCGACUGACGGACGCCCUUUCCGCAAGAUGCGUACGCGUGAAAAUAUGGUGGUCGAUGUUUGAUUGACUGUGAUCCUGGUGAGUGCUUGCGUUCUGUUGCGAAUCACCGUUAUGCGUCUGAACUUGCCAUCAUUAUUUUUAUAAUAAUAGUCAUGAUCGAAUGAACAAAAAAUUAUGCUUCUCUAAAACUUAAAUUCUAGUAUUCGCGAAUACUUACAUGAGCUUAAUUAUAAAGGAAUGGCGAAGCACCUUCAAAAUGUGUAUUAAAAUUAGAACUAAACUCAAAAAAAUAUCUUUCUUGUAUGUUUUUCAUUUAUCGAUAAAUCUCUUGCCGUUCAUUUUCAUUCGUAUCUCCUUUUUAGUAAAUUAAACAUCUUGCAUCUAAUCGAUCAUUUUGUGUAGAUGUUUAUUUAUUUCGUAGUAUUAAUUUUACGUAUUUCGCGGGACCAUACCGUAACUAUAGCAUUUAUGUAAUGUCACUACGUAGUAUUACUACUUACUUUAGUUUAUUGCGUAUGUAACGAGCACAGACAGUGAUUGUGUGAAUGUUAGAGUGCGUCCGAGCGCGCCGCCGGCUCGCGGCGGACGCAGUGUAAAUAGUGCGGUGUACAUACGGAGACGCGCGGNGCGCGCGGCGGCGACCGCCGAUAACGUUGUUAUAAAUUAUAAUGGUGCUCUGACUAUAGGUUCAUAUCAUAACUUUAAACUGUGCAUUUAUAUAAAAUCGUAGGAUAAACGUUCUCCUUAUAGGUUAGCGAAUUACAUUAAGCGAUCUAUUUUUAUAUGUAUAAACAUCGGUUAGAGAUAUCGCGGCGCCCGCGGGCCCGCCCCUUGUGAUAGCACGUAUCUUCCCGCGCGCUUGUUUGCUAAUGCUCCGACUCCGACUUGAGUUCGUAUCGAUUCACAGAACCUCUAUUAUAUUAUAUACUAAUUAGCAAACGGUCGCGUCGAUUCAUUUUUUUACAAACUGAUUUAUUAUUUAUUGAAUUUAUUGUUGUGUAAAUUUUGACACGACUAAUAAAAAAAUGGAAUUAUUAA